AUGUCGAAUCGUACCUUCAACCUAUUGUGGACCGGCGCACAGAAAGAUCUCGAGAAGCUAGCGGUGAACGAUUUCGAGUAUCAGGCAAUCGAAGCACAGCAUGAUCGAGGCGAAAUCCAGGGCCAGGUGUUUGAGCUGUACCUACGCUAUCUGGUUAUCUCGAAUCGGCUGGAGGAGAUCUACGAUCAGAUCGUACAGCCGCAGAAGCGCAUCUUGAUCCGAAAGCUGCUCGAUAACUGUCUCGGUCGAGUGUUGGAGCUGAAGCACGAUCUCGUCGUCAUCGAUAUGACCGAGUUCAGCUACAACGAUACGGUGGUGGAGAAGCUGAGCCUAACGCCGCUCAGCAUGGAAAUUAACGUGCCGCGCUACUUCCGGCGGGAACGAGAGGAACAGCUGAACGAACGAAAGAAGUUCAUGGAUGACAUACUGAAGAAAAUUGGUGCACUCGAUGAAGAGGUCGUCGAAGAGGAACUAAGCGAGCUGGAGGCGAUACGCAUCAUUCAGACCCACGAGCGGGCUCGCCAGGGAAGGUUGAGAGCCCAGUUCAUGAAGGAGUUGAAGAUUCUGAAGGAAAAGGGCAAACCGGAUAGUAGUCGCGAUAAGUCGACCACGGGUUUGAAUGCGGCGAUGAAGAUCCAAAAAACGUGGCGCGGGUAUGCUACACGUCGCCAAACGAGACGCAAGAAGAUGGAAGAGAUGAUACUGAUUGGUAUGGUGCCACCACCGGUUACAUCGGCACGGACCGCCAUCGACGAGCUGGAAGAUUUGAAGCAGUUCCGCUACAAGCAACAGAAACAAUUCCAGGAUGAUUACGAACGAUCGCUGGUGCGCGUGAAGGAAGAGAUCAGCGUGAAGCAGGGUGCGGCGAUGACGGAGGAUAUUGCCGAUGAGAUUCGCACCUGGUUCAAGGAGUAUCAAAAGCGGACCGGGCGACUACCAGACUUUCCAUCGGAGGAAGCGGGUGGAUCGCGGCAUCUGUUAAGUCGCCAGGGGACGGAGAGCGAAAUGAGCCGUUCGUCGGUGAUGUCCUCGCGUGAAUCGAAGCUAAAGGGUGGUGGUAAGGAGAAGCUGGCCCAGAAGAAACCCGGUGAGCUGUCACUAGAGGAGGGCCUCGAUAAAGCGUUCAAACCGAUGCAGUCCUCCUUUCUGCCCGAGAUCAAGUGCGGCAUCGAGGAGUAUACGGAUGUGUGGAAGGGUAAGGACGAAUCGCAAAAUCUGCGCCAGACGUACUACGACGAUAUGAUCUACGAGGAGAAGUAUGCCGACGUCGAAGCGGAACUGCGCCGCAUCGUGGAUGAAAUCAUGCGCCAGGAGCUGGAACUGCUGCAGAUCGCCCUGGAACGCGAUCGGGGUGGUAAGAAGCUGAAAAAGAGUAGCAAAAAGGCUCGCCGUAGCGGCAAGAAGGGUAAGAAAAAGAAGGACAAAGAUCUGACGCCCGAUCGGACGACGGAAUCACUGUUCGAGGAGCUGGUCACGAACGGGAUCAUCAAGAAGUAUCCGGAGACACCGAUCAAAUCAUACGUCGGCGAUCUAAGCUAUGCGGCACGCAGUGCGCUCAAUCCCUCCCCGGGCGAUGUACGGCAGCUGAUCAAACAGUACUGCAUACUGCCACUCGGUUCCGAGACGAUCCGUAACUUUGGGCCCUGCAUCAAGUCGCUGCUGAUCGCUGGACCGAAGGGUUCGGGCAAGACGUCCCUGGUGCACGCGAUCUGUACCGAGACGGGCUCGGUGCUGUUCGACAUCAGCCCACCCAACAUCGUUGGCAAGUAUCCGGGCAAAUCGGGACUGAUCAUGCUGAUGCAUCUGAUCUCGAAGGUGUCCCGAUUGCUGCAACCCUCGGUCAUCUACUUUGGCGACGCGGAGAAACCAUUCAUGAAGAAGAUUCCCAAGACGGAUCGGACGGAUCCGAAGCGGCUGAAGAAGGAUCUACCGAAGCUGGUCAAAAACAUACAGCCCGAAGAUCGCAUCAUGCUGAUCGGUACCUCAGACUGCCCGUGGGAGGCCGAUAUGAAGCUGAUGGUGCAGACGUAUCAACGCUUCAUUUACAUUCCCCGACCAGACUAUGGGGCCCUUUCGUUCGCCUGGAAGGAGCUGCUGAGUCACUACAGCGGUGUCCACCGUCAGUUCGAUACGGGUGCAAUGGCCAAGAUAUCGGACGGGUACACGAUCGGUUCGGUUGUUCGCUGCAUUCGCGAGGUGAUCACCUGCAAGCGGAUGCUUCAGCUGCGUGUCCAUCCACUCACACAUCUUGAGCUCAUUAACGCUUUGAGUGCCCUCGAGCCGGUGUACAAAGAGGAAGAGGAAGCGUUCCUGUACUGGUGGUGCAAGACGCCGCUUGGCCGGCGUCGCUCAAAACAGCUAGAAAAGGAUCACGAAGCCAUGAUGGAGAUGGAGAAUAUAAUGCUGCUCUCGUUAACGGCCGGUGGUGUGGGAUUGAAUCUUGUCGGUGCCAAUCAUCUGUUUCUACUCGAUCCUCACUGGAAUCCGCAGCUCGAGGCCCAGGCACAGGAUCGGAUCUAUCGUGUCGGUCAAACGAAACCGGUCCACAUCUGGAAAUUCAUUUGCCAGGAAACGGUGGAACAGAAGAUACUUGCGCUUCAGCAGCAUAAGCUCGAGAUUGCGGAUGGUGUGCUAACGGGUACGGGCAACAAGGGCAGCAAGCUGACUAUCGAUGAUCUGAAGUCGCUGUUCGGACUGUAAAAUGAGCCCUGUGUCUCCUCUGCCAACCAACACGACCUCAAUCUGUGAUAAUACGAUUCCCCCGAUGUCCCGAUGGUGAGUGCUUCUCUUGGCGAAUUAUGGUCACUGACUGUUUGAAGAGUCCGUUCGAUAACGAUUUCUGUAAGAAUCUUUCAACACUUUUAACAAACUUUGUAUUAAGCUUUGAAUUAUGCUCCGUUUGCUAGAAUAAAAUGAUAAUUUCUU